UCAAACUUCAACAACUCACCACCUUUUCUUACUAAAAUAUUUCAGCUCCUGCUACUCAGUUCUCCACUCUGCUAAACAUUGCUCUUCUCAUAUCAGUGAAGCUCUGCAUUUCCAUUUUAGGAAGAGGAAUGAAUUAUACCUUCUCAUCUGCUUUGACAUGUCCGACUCAGCCACACCAAUCAAGCCCGUUAGUUGGAUACAGAUUCCACCCGACUGACGAUGAACUGAUUGAUCAUUUCCUGAAGCGUAAGAUGCUUGGUCAUGAUGAUGACGAACCGCCCAUCUCUGAGAUUAAAGUUUGUGAUUUUGAGCCUUGGGAUCUUCCUGCUCUUGUCAACAAAAAUUCAGAGGAUCAAGUGUGGUAUUUCUUUUGUCCCCGUGACUAUAAGUACUUGCGUAGUUGUCGGUCCAACCGGACAACCAAGGCUGGAUACUGGAAACCCACUGGCAAGCCUCGCAAGGUGAAGGCGAGGCGUAGCAAGGAAGAGAUUGGUACAAAAAGGAGCUUGGUCUUUUAUAUUAAAGAUCAUCCGAAACCGACAAGGACCAAAUGGAUCAUCCAUGAAUAUCAAUGGAUGCCAAAUUCCACCUUGGCUGAGCCGGGGAAUUUCCUUCUUUGUAAAUUAAAGUCAAAGCCAGGAGAUAUGAUCAACAAAAGGGAACCAAAUUUGGUUCUCGAAAGUCAAAAUUCAACCGAGAUGAUUGCUAAUUCAUCUUUACAUGAAUAUGAUGUCGGAAAUGAUAAUCCUACUACUAAUUCAUCUCUACAUGAAUAUGAUGUCGGAAAUAAUAUUCUGACUACUAAUUCAUCUCUACAUGAAUAUGAUGUCGGAAAUGAUAUUCUGACUACUAAUUCAUCUUUACAUGAAUAUGAUGUCGGAGAUGAUAUUCUGACUACUAAUUCAUCUUUACAUGAAUAUGAUCUCGGAAAUGAUAUUCUGACUACUAAUUCAUCUUUACAUGAAUAUGAUGUCGGAAAUGAUAUUCUGAGUACUAAUUCAUCUUUACAUGAAUAUGAUGUCGGAAAUGAUAUUCUGACUACUAAUUCAUCUUUAUAUGAAUAUCAUGUCGGAAAUGAUAUUCUGGCUACUAAUUCAUCUUUACUUAAAUACGAUAUUGGAAAUAAUAAUGUGAUUUCUAUAUCAACCAAUAACAAUUGCGAGAAGAAUUGCCCAAUAGAGGUGAUUAAUGAUUCCGCUAGUUAUGAAGGCAAAUCACAUUAUAUUUUGGAUUCAGAAAUAGAAUGUCAGGAUCCAAAUGAGGUGACUACUAUAUCAACCCACGAAAUAAUGGAUUUUAAUAGUCAAAAUCCGACCCACAAAGCAGAUAUACCAGAAUUCAACAAAGAAGGUGACAAAAAUUCUGCAGCCACACCUUCUGAGAAAACUGAUAUAUCCGCAUCCUCGAUUGCUCCAAACUUAGAAACUAAUGCAGAUGAGGCCUCACUAUAUGAGGUAGAUCCUCAAGAUGCAUUUUUUAAGGAUUUGGAAGCUGCCUUGGAGUUAGAAGACAGCCUUAAUGCUGCACUUUUCCCACCUGUGAGCACAGAAGAAAGCCUUUGUUAUGCUAGAUUUGGUACCUCUUAUACUGCAGGAAUGGCUGGAAUAUGCUCAUAAAAUUUAAUGUAUCUAUGUACUCAAUAUUUUAUUAAAUAAUUAAUGUAACGGUUGAUAACUUAAAAUUAGUGUUCCUGUCUGGGACUAAUUAGAUACAGGAUCCAUCCACUUAUGUAGCUUCAGUUUGUAAUGCUAUAAGUUGUAUAUCUGCUGCUAUUUUAAUGUUAUAAAGAUGUAAAAUUUUGUGUUCUAUAUAAAACUUCUGAUUUCUUAUAAA